AAAAAUGGUGGGGAAACAUCAGACGGGUAUGUGUGAGGAGUGUCAGGAAGAGGAAUCGGUGGAACGUGUAAUUCUACAUUGUAGGAAAUAUCAGAGGGAGAGAGUGAUAAUGGAUAAUAGACUAAAGGAACUAGGGGUGCAGAAACUCACUUUAAAAACAAUAUUAACUAUGAAUGAUAAAGCACAGGUGAGAGAAUUGUUUUUUUUUAAGGGUACUGGGCUUUAUUAUAGGAUCUAAAGGUAAGGGGUUUUUUUUCAUUUUUUUGUUUGUUUGUUUUGUUUUCCUUCACCCCUCAAUCCCUGGGAAAUUGUAGAUUAUGUUUUACUGAAUGAGCCACACUCCAGAACAGAAGGUGGCGUUAAUGCACCAUUAAGCUGGUUGCCAACCGCCGUUAAAAAAAAAAAAAAAAAACAAAAAGAAGAAGAAAAAAGGGGAGGAUGCUAGUGUUGAGUCCGCUGCUUCACAUAAGAGAAAUAGACGCGAUGCUGGGAUAAAGAGCUGGGAAUAGCUCAUCAUUUCUAGUCUCUCGACAGGAGUCGUCAUGACGAAACAGUGGAAUCAAUGGAAGGGGAAAUCUUUCCUCAGCUGGAGUUACUAGGACACAGCCCCUGAGAGCCAGAGUGCUUCAGGUUUCAGCAGAGAAACCAGAGAAAUUCCCAGAAUCCAGUGUGAAUGAGAACAACAUGAGGCUUUCUAAACGCUGGAUAGCACACAGGCGUAUGUUGCUAGUACUGUGUGUGGUUUUAGGUUUGCUGGGUUUGGUGAUGAUCUCACUGCCACUGAUUGAAACAGAGACAAGCAAACAUCUGGACUGGCACGUCAACACUGCACAUAAGAAGCAGGUGCAUGAGUACGUGCACAGGGUCCUGGAGGAUCGGUGUCGUCCCGGCAGCGUCAGGCAGAGCCUGUUAGCUCGACUCCCCGCUGCCAGUCACGUGACCCAGCCCUUCCUGUGGAAAGACGUGCCGCUCCCUGAUGACCUCUUCCUGUAUCCACCACCGUUUGGGUUCAGAGGUCUUCAGGGCAAAGUAGAGGACCUGCUGAAGCAGCUGCCAGACUCCACGUCCCAGCCAGGAAAGCCAUCAGAUAAAUGUCGGCGCUGUGUGGUCAUGGGAAAUGGAGGCAUUCUCAGAGGCCUGGAGCUGGGCCCACUGAUCGACCGCUUUGACACCAUUAUCAGGUUAAACAGCGGCCCUCUGGGAGAGUUCAGUGUUGAUGUUGGAAAUCGAACCACCAUCAGGAUGAGUUACCCAGAGGGCACGCCGCCCCACUGGGUCGACACAGACCCACACACUCUGUUUGUAUCUGUGGUGUAUAAAGGUGUAGACAUCAGCUGGACCUCCGCUAUGAUCAACAAGCUCACUGUGCCUCUGUGGGACUGGCUCUUCUUCUGGCAGAAGGUUCCAGAUCAAAUCCCUCUUGAGCCGCACAGGUUCAGACUUCUAAACCCGCAUGUCAUCAGAGAGACUGCGUUGGACCUACUGAAAUAUCCUCCACCCAGACCCCGCUUGUGGGGCAGCGACCAGAAUGUGCCUACCAUCGGUGUCUCCGCACUGAAUUUUGCCAGCGUGUUGUGUGACGAGGUCAGCCUGGCAGGCUUCGGCUACAACCUCUCCCAGCAGGGGGCGCCACUGCACUACUACGACCAGCUUCCCAUGACCACCAUGCUGCAGCAGACCAUGCACAAUGUGGACAGAGAGACCAAACUCCUACAAAGCCUAGUCAGAGAGGGAACCAUCACUGACCUGACGGGGGGGAUUCACUGCACCUUCUGCCCCAGCUGACCCUGAGAAAUGUGACCAGAAAGCCCGUCCCCUUUUUGUUGUUACAUUGUAGUAAAUACACUGAAGCAACGGAAAGAUCAAAGGACUAAAAAAAACGUGAGAGAAGAAAAGAAAAAAACAGGUGAGAGAAAAUCUUGGCACAGAGACUAAUGUAUGGAAUAUUUGUCACAAAGUGCUUCUUGAAGAACAGAGGACAUAAAAACAGAAAGGACAAAGUAACUCUGGUAAUAUUAGCACCUACCGGCCGUCGCAUGUCUUCCAGUAUUUAAAGUAUUUAUUUAAAUUUUAAAGUUCUUCUGUUAGGGGAAAAAAUGGCCUCGUAGCAGCAAUUUCAUUCAUCUGACCAACAGACUUUUAAACCACUGAAGCGCUUUUAAAGGCUCUUUGCUGAUACGCCCAACUAAAGGUUUUCAAAUGGGAAAAUAUUGAUUUCUAAUUUUUCCUGAUUUUAGUCAGGAAUUAGUAUUGGAGACAUGUAUUUCUCCAGAUAUUCAAUGUAUUACAGGGAUUUGAAACCUCAACAAGUAUGAACCCCAGACACUACCUUGUGUUGACAGUAUUAUAUCAUAAAUACUAUAUAAUACAUAGAUAGCUCACCCACUUCUGAAUUUAGGACUUUCAAUUGGUGAUACAAUAUUGUCUUAUUGGUAUCAUGAUAGUUCCUACUUCUGCUACAUGAUUUGAAAAAGUAAGAUGUCUGCAAGGACGUUUUUGAAGCAAGCUUUAAAUAGUUUCUUCAGUUCCUUUUUUUUUUUUUUUUUAAAGGUGUUAAAAAAUGGUAGUUCUAUGUUGCCUACAGAAUAUUGUGACGUACUGCAAUAUUUAUCAGCACAUCUGAUCAUUCCACUGUAAAUUAGCAACGUAAACAUUUUACAAUUACUUUUUUAUUUCUAACUGUGGUUUUAGUUAGUGCGCAUGAUCUGCAGUCUUCCAAAAUGCCUGGUCUGUGGGGAAAAAAAAAAUAGUGCACAAAUGAAAUGUGUUAUUUAUGAAUUGUGUUUUUUUUUUUUUAAAUGUAUUUAUU